AUGGUCCCCCGAAGCUCCCGCCCUUAUCUUCUUGGCGCGUUUGUCGCUCUCGUGUUCAUCACCCUUAUCUCUUUCCAGACUCGCCAGGAAUCACCAAAAUCCUCAACAUGGUUAGACUACUCAGAUAAGUCAUCUUCAGAUAUCCGCAACUACGUCUCCCCCACUUCCGACGAGAAGCUUAUACCAGCCGAUACCAUUUCGGAAAUAGGUCGAGCCAGUAAUGCGACUCUUGGUUUUGAGAAAGUAGUGGUCAUAGGGCUGAGAGAACAUUCAGACAAACGGGAUGCGAUAGUAUUAUCUGCCUCUCUGACGGGAUUUGAGGUAGAAUUUGUAGAUGGAAUUAAAGGCGAUGAAGUAGUCGAUAAGGCUAAGCCGCCGGGUCAUUUUUUAAAUGGAGGGGCGACGGGUCCUUGGCGUGGUCACAUGAAUGUCAUACGAAGGAUUGUAGAAAACAAACUUGCCUCAGCAUUGAUUAUGGAAGACGACAUUGACUGGGAUAUCCGGCUCCGAACCCAACUCCCCGAAUUCGCCAAGGGAAUCCGCACUCUAUCACACAUCCCACUUUCUCAACGUCAACAUUCCCCUUACGGCGAUGACUGGGAUAUAUUGUGGCCAGGUCACUGUGGUGAUGAGCUUCCCUCUGUUUUCCACAAAGGGAAAAAGGAUGGGCUCUACAGGAUUGACAAUGACGGAACUGUUGCUCCCAAGUCUUCUCAAUCGUAUCUUAAAGCCCUCGCAGAUUAUCCCGAAAAGACGCGUAUAGUUCAUAAAGCCGGUGCUCCCAAAUGUACCUUGGGAUAUGCCGUUUCCUAUCGUGGAGCUCAGAAGAUUCUCAUGGCUGCGGUAAAAGGCGGCAAUAAUCUUCCUGUCGAUAAUGCACUUGCGUCUCUUUGUCGUGAUGGGUAUUUAGAUAUGAAAUGUUUUUCGGUGGAACCUCAAUUAUUUCAACAUUAUAAGCCGGCUGGAAAGACGGACAAGGAUAGUGAUGUUAAUAGUUUGGAGAAGGGAGAUGCGCAAGGUACAAAGAAAAAGGGAAUCAAAAGUAUGAUCGUUUGGAGUGCGAGGCUAAAUUUGGAGCAUCUGAUCACGGGGAGGAAAGAUUAUGUUACCCAAUAG